AUGGCCGGAAGUAGGGAGCAUUUGAUAUCCGUGGAGGAUUUGUUGUCGAGAAAGCUUAAUUUGGUCGCAACAGAAGCUGGUGAAACAAGCAGGGGCCGUGACAUUUCCGGCCUGCAGAUGCGGACCAUUGAACUCGAAGAUCAGGAAGCCUGCGAGCUGAAAAAAAGGAGGUUUGAGAAACUGAGGGAAGCAGGAGAUCAUCUAAGGCUUAAUACGCCGAAUGGAGGUCAAAAGGCUAUACCAAAAAUACAAAAGGUUCCGGUGUUGCUGCAAGAUCAUGAACAUUUCGACAAGUAUUUUAAGCCAAGGAUUGUAGUACUCGGUCCUAUCCAUCAUGAUGCGGAAAAAUACAAGCCAGCAGAGGAGUACAAGCUUAUAAUGACAAACUGCUUCGUCAGGGAAAGUGGUAAAGAUGAUGAGGUUUUGUACAACGUAGUUGAGAACAACAUCAAACAACUGAGGCAGUGUUUCGACGAGAAGGUGACCGAGAAAUAUAGCGAUCAGGCCCUUGCCUGGAUGCUGUUUGUGGACGGGUGUGCAAUAUUACAGUCCAUACAUUAUGCUGUUACCAGUGCAUGCAAAGAUUGGAUAAUGAAAUACGAUCUGAUGGCCUUUGGGACACAAGACUUGUUCUUGUUGGAGAAUCAACUUCCUUAUCAACUCCUCGUAGAUUUGAUGAAAUCCAGCGUAAAUAAAGGUGAAUUGGAGAAAUCCAUCACAAAAUUCAUGAAUUCGCAGAUAUGGCACGCUAAGGCGAAGCCGAGCAUGCGUAAAUUACGGAUUACGGAAACGCCGAUCCAUCUUCUCGAUCUCCUCCGGACGCUAAUCAUAAGCAAAUCCAAAAGUAGUAGUCCUGUUGAAGAGAAAGAAAGGGACGACGGCGCUGCUGCACGACUGCUCAGUAAAUUGCAGUCGUACUCGUAUCGCAACGUGGAGGAACUUAGAUCAGCAGGAAUCCAUGUGAAGCCGAGUGAUAAUCCCUUGACAACAAUAACUUUCAAGAAAUCAAACAAAUUCUUCUCGUCGGCAUCCCUAUUCCUUUCUCCAAUAAAGGUUGAUGACUCAUUGGGGCCCAAGUUCUUGAACUUGAUAGCCUACGAGAUGUGUCCGGGUUUCUGCAACAAGUUGGAGAUCACCUCAUACAUAUUAUUCCUGGAUUCACUCAUUGAUGACAUCAAAGACGUAAUGAGGUUGAGGAAUGAGGGAAUACUCAUGAACCAUCUUGGCAGCGACGGUGAAGUGGCUCAACUCUUCAAUGAGAUUGGCACCGGCUUGGUUCCUGACCCCGAAGCAUAUCGGGAAGUCAAAGAUGCCAUUCAGACACACUACAAUACUAAGUGGAAGGCCUGGAUUGGAGAAGCCCGUCACGAACAUUGCAGAACUCCCUGGACGGUUCUGGCUGUUUCGGCCGCCAUAUUAAUACUCGGCCUAACUUUCAUACAGACUUGGUUCGCAUUCAAAGAAGACACAGGUAAUUCCCGACCUCGAGUUCCGCGCUAG